CAUGCGCAGUUAGGUGCUUCAUUCAAAGAAGAAAGAAACCCAAUGGACAAGUUUGAGGAGGAGCGACUGAAGGUGCCGUUCGGGUCCAAGCACCUGGAUGCCGCCCUGUGUGUCCCUGCCUCGGGGGAAGACGUCCACACAGCCGUCAUCCUGACACACGGAGCAGGAGGAGACAUGAACUUCACACACCUGGUGUCUCUGGCCAAAGCUCUGGUGUCUGAGGGCUUCAUCUGCCUCCGCUUCACCUGUAGAGCUCUAAACCUGGGCUACAGAGUGAAGGCGUACUGGGCUGUGUGGGACUACUUGAAGUCCCUCCAGAAGUUUACAAUCAAGCACAUAUAUUUUGGAGGCAGGUCGAUGGGAUGUCGUGCUGCUGCGGCUCUAGCUCGACGGCUGAGUGAUGAAUCUGAGGAUGCGGUGCAGGGCGUCGUCUGCCUUUCUUUCCCCCUGCACCCACCGGGACAGACGCACGCCCAUCAGCAGCGCAGCGAAGAUCUCCGGACGUUACCCGAGCACAUGCGUGUGCUGUUUGUGUCCGGCACUGACGACAACAUGUGUGACAGGGUGCUGUUUAACGGGAUGCUUAAAGAAAUGAAAGCUCAAGUGGAGGUUUUCUGGCUACAAGGAGGCAGCCAUGGACUGACAGUGAAAGGAAGAGCGGAGGACUCUGUGCUGGAUGAAGUGAACUUAAAAGUAAUCGCCUGGAUCAGAGAGCAGGAAACGUAGACUCAUUGAUGUUACCAGAUUUUGAUUUAUUUAUUAUAUUUUUUACUUGUUAAAUAAAGGACAGUGU